AUGUGCCCUCAGUAUGUGUCCUCAGUGUGUGUCCUUAGCAUGUGUCCUCAGUAUGUGUCCUCAGUGUGUGUCCUUAGUAUGUGUCCUCAGUAUGUGUCCUCAGUAUGUGUCCUCAGUAUGUGUCCUCAGUAUGUGUCCUCAGUGUGUGUCCUCAGUGUGUGUCCUCAGUGCGUGUCCUCAGUAUGUGUCCUCAGUAUGUGUCCUCAGUAUGUGUCCUCAUAUGUGUCCUCAGUGUUGUGUCCUCAGUAUGUGUCUCAGUAUGUGUCCUCAGUGUGUGUCUCAGUGUGUGUCCUCAGUGUGUGUCCUCAGUAUGUGUCCUCAGUGUGUGUCCUCAGUAUGUGUCCUCAGUAUGUGUCACUCAGUAUGUGUCACUCAUAUGUGUCCUCAGUGUGUGUCCUCAGUAUGUGUCCUCAGUAUGUGUCCUCAGUGUGUGUCCUCAGUAUGUGUCCUCAGUGUGUGUCCUCAGUGUGUGUCCUCAGUGUGUGUCCUCAGUAUGUGUCCUCAGUAUGUGUCCUCAGUGUGUGUAGUGUACUUGGCGUGUGUCCCCCUUAA